AUGAUGGGUGCUGCCCUGGAACAUUUUAAAAACUGUAAUUAUACUUACCCUUCUUUCCCAAAUGUCAGUAAAAAUUACGAUUAUAUUUCAGAAAACAUUUCAACUCAUAACUUUUCUGAGAAUGGAAGAGAAGAGAGUUUUGUCGUUCACGUUCCAGAAGUUAUUUCUAUCCCUUUAUUGGUCAUCUGCAUUUUCGGAGUCUUGGGGAAUGGAAUUGUCAUCUGGCUUCUCGGCUUCCGCAUUAAGAGGAAUCCUUUCAUCACCUACAUCCUGAACUUGGCUGUGGCUGAUUUUGGAGUCCUCCUGUCCGUUAUAGUUGAGCUUCUUAGCUUGCGGUUUAUAUCUAGUUCUGUUUUUCUUAACAUUUACAAGGUCUUCUUUUUCCUGUCCCUAGCAAUGUACAGCGCUAGUCAAUUUCUCCUGACGGCCAUCAGCAUUGACAGGUGUGUGGCCGUCUUCUUCCCUUUUUGGCAUCAGUGCAAGCGACCGCCGCGUUCUUCCACCAUUGUGUGUGCGCUCACAUGGGCCCUCUCCAUCCUGCUUACUGCAAUGACCAUCGCUUUCACACAUUUUAAUCCAUGGGAAAAAAAUAUCGGAAGCUUCUGCCAGUUGAUUUUGAAUGCCGUGCUUUGCCUCCCAGUCAUGACUAUUGCUGCCAUGGCCCUGUUCCUCAAAGUGUGUUUGAAAGAACAACAGCACCGGAGGGGAAAGCUUUUGACCGUCGUCUGCCUCACCCUUCUCUUCUUCCUCCUUUUUGCUUUUCCAUAUAAUGUCAUCUCCAUCCUCAGUGGUUUCAAUCAUGUAUCAGUGAACAUAAAACGUGUCGCAGCUCUAUUAAUCUGCUUAAACAGUGGCGUCAACCCAGUCGUUUAUUUCCUGGUUGGGAAACCAUGGAAGUCUAGAAGUAGGGAGAGCAUGAAGAUAAUCCUCCAGAAGGUUUUCAAGGAGGAUAAAAGCUGUACUGAGGAUACCCAACUUGAAAGCUGGGUAUGA